ACGCGUAUAGUUUGUCGCUCGCUUCCAUGUGGGUGACCACUAUAUAUAACCCAGCCUCACCUUCUCUCUAAUAGCAGGUGCAGAAAAUUAAAAUUUCACCUCCAAAAUUUUUUUAGCCCCUCUGCAUCUGUUCUUUGUUUUCCUUUUUUUUUUUUAGGUUUCCUUUUCUUUCCAUUUUUCCUUCUAAAUCCUCCCGCAAAAACCUUCUUCUUCUACUCCGAAACCGUUACUUUCUUAGUAAACCAUCUUAAAAUUUGGAAGAAAAUAUUUUUAUUUUUGGUUUUUUUUAAAAAAAGAGAGGAAAUAGAGGAAUUUUCAGAAAAUUAGAAAAAAAAAUCCCCAAGAAAAAAAAAAUCUUUGCAAUCACAAGAAAGAAAAUGCCUUCUUUGGAAGACGAGCUGUUCCCGUCGACGCCGGGAAAGUUCAAGAUCGAUCGGGCACACACCAUGAACCGGCAGUUCCACCGGUGUUUCGCUUCUACAAGCACUAUGUUCUUGUGGGCACUCUUCUUGGUUGCCCUAACGGCGUCGUAUUUGAGCUUCCAGAGUUUUGUCGAUUCCAGUAGCCGGUAUUUCACCGCUUCUUGGGGCGGUAUUCAGUGGGAGAAACAGGUGAGGAACUCCGCCCAGAUCCAUAGGUCCGGUGGCAUGUCUGUGCUUGUUACCGGCGCUGCAGGUUUCGUCGGGUCCCACGUAUCGCAAGCCUUGAAGAAGCGCGGAGAUGGCGUCGUCGGGCUCGACAACUUCAAUAACUACUACGACCCGUCGUUGAAGAAAGCGAGGAAGUUGCUGCUCAAUAACCACGGGAUUUUCGUCGUUGAAGGUGACGUCAACGACGCCAGGCUGCUCGAGAAGCUUUUCGAUGUCGUGGCUUUCACGCACGUGAUGCACUUGGCGGCUCAAGCCGGUGUCAGAUACGCCAUGGAGAACCCUCAAUCUUACGUCCACAGCAACAUCGCCGGCCUCGUCACGCUUCUUGAGGUAUGCAAAUCCGCCAAUCCCCAGCCCGCGAUCGUUUGGGCCUCGUCCAGCUCCGUGUACGGACUCAAUGACAAGGUCCCGUUCUCCGAAUCUGAUCGGACCGAUCAACCCGCUAGUCUCUACGCGGCUACCAAGAAAGCCGGCGAGGAAAUCACCCACACUUACAACCACAUUUAUGGGUUAUCCAUCACCGGGUUGAGAUUCUUCACGGUUUAUGGCCCAUGGGGCAGACCCGACAUGGCUUACUUCUCUUUCACCCGGAACAUUCUUCAGGGGAAACCCAUUACGGUUUAUCGGGGCAAGGAUCGGGUUGAUUUGGCCCGAGAUUUCACCUAUAUCGAUGAUGUUGUUAAGGGUUGCUUGGGAUCAUUGGAUACGGCGGGUAAGAGCACGGGUUCGGGUGGAAAGAAACGGAGACCCGCUCCCUAUCGGAUUUUCAAUCUUGGCAAUACGUCGCCGGUGACGGUACCGACACUUGUCGAUAUACUAGAGCGGCAUUUGAAGGUAAAAGCGAAGAGGAAUAUGGUUGAAAUGCCUGGAAACGGCGACGUUCCGUUCACCCAUGCGAAUAUCAGUGCUGCUCGAAGAGAAUUCGGGUACAAACCCACGACCGAUUUGCAGACCGGGUUGAAAAAGUUUGUUAGGUGGUAUCUUUCUUACUACGGCUACAAUCACGGCAAACCUGUAAAUUAAUAUUUUUUUUUUUUUUUUUUUUUUUCUCUUUUAUAUUUUUGGUAAAAAAAGAAAAAAAGAAAAAAAAAAACUUCUAGAAUUUUCCUUCCCUUUUAAAAAAAGUAAAAGAAAAUUGGGAAAAGAAAAAUGUCGUAGACGAUAAAGAAAGAGAAAAAAAAGAAAAGAGACACAUUCUUUACUUAGGAGAGCGGUGAAAGCCUAGCUCGUCCUCGGUUCUUUUUUUCGUUUGUUGUUUCUUAUAUUUUCUUGAUUUUGUGUAAAUGAAAAGCUUUUAUGUUUGUUUUCGGCCA